AUGGGCUGCUGUGGGACUCGUACUGAAUAUGAAGGUGACGUUAAUAAACUUGACUUUUUCAUAGCAAAUGACUAUAAAGAAUUAGACGGCAAAGAAGCAGGAGAAGGCAUUAAAAGAACCCCAGCUUGGCAAGCUACUAUUACAGGUGAAGAACUGAGGCGAAAACGAGAAGAGUUUUGGUGUGUACAAAAAACAGGUCACAGACAUAUAUGACUGUACAUCAGACAAGCUGCUGAAGCAGAUGCAGAAACUGCGAAAGCAAUUCUAGAAAUGGCUGAAAUCAAGGUCGAAAAAGAUACCAUGUCUGUAUGCGUUGACGCUGAAGGAAAUCGGUAUAAUGUCCCUCCAUUUAUGAUUAAUGACCCUAUCUUUCCACCUGGAGGAUUUAUAUGCUUUUUUAUUAAAAAUUAAAAAAUAAUAAAAUAGAUUUACCAAAAAUCAGCAUAAAUUUGUUUAGAAUAUCAAAAAAGAUCAUCAAGCAAGAAAUUAUAAAAUUAAAAGGAAGGAUCUCUUCAAGUCCCAAUGAUAUUGAAGUAGAAGUUGACAAUACAAAAACUGGUAGAGACCUAAAGCAAAUUAUUUUAGAAAAGAAUGGGAUUCAAACUGAUAAAAUGAGACUUUUUUUCGGUGGAAAAGAAAUAAGAGAAAAUGACAGUUUAAUUAGCUGCAAUAUUGAGGAUGGGAUGGUUUUCCAAGUUUACUAUAGACCAAAGCCAAGAACGAUGGAGUAA